CUCUAGACAACGGAACACCUCCUGAGUUCUGAACCUUUCCUUUUUCGGUUGCUUGCUCCUUCUUCAGAAUCCUGCCGGGAUUCAAUUUUCCCUCUUCUUCUUCUUCUGUAACUGUUGUUCGCAUGGCGCUGGUUCCAAUACGUUACAAACUGCCUUAUAAAGACAGCAUCCCUCCCUCAGUCCCAGAUGCAGUAAGCCGGUAUCAACUUGGCUUUCGCCAUGCUUACAGUUGCUUAAUUGGUUGCACUCCUAAUGCUUGGAAGACAAACAGAGGGCUUAGUUCCAUCGUGUGUUGCAAUUCGGGGCGAGGUGGAAAUGAAAAGCAGCUGAGGCUUUUGGAUUCUUAUUUGGGGAAGCUCCAAAAUGAGGAUUCCAGCAAGGGUUCUGCAGAUUUUGGUAGGAGAGGGGUCGUGGUUGACAACAAGAGUAGUUUCCAGUUUGAUGCGAAACAGGAACUGGAUUCUCUGAAUGCCUAUCUUCACAAACUUAAUAGAGGUAAUUCAGUAAGUAUAGGUCGCAACCCAGAAACGAUAAGAUCUGAACUGAAGAAGCAAAAUGGUUCCUUAGAGUUGAGAGAUAAGGGGAUCGCUAGUCGUUCGUGGAUGGCUCAGUCGUUAUGGCAAACUGAUGACACCUCCAGUUUCUAUCUUGUAGGCAUACUGGCGUCGAUAAACAUUGCAGUUUUCCUAUUUGAAAUAGCUACCCCGGUUAGAAGUUCAGAGUUUCAGCUUUUCUCAUUACCUUUGUUGUAUGGAGCAAAGAUAAAUGAUCUGAUCCUGACUGGAGAAUGGUGGAGGCUGGUCACGCCAAUGUUUCUGCACUCUGGAGUUUUCCAUGUCGCCCUUGGAUGUUGGUCGCUUCUCACUUUCGGCCCUGAAGUUUGUCGGCGUUAUGGCUCGUUUACUUUUCUCUUGAUAUAUCUUCUUGGAGGACUUUCUGGCAACUUGACGAGCUUUCUUCACACACCAGAGCCAGCAGUCGGUGGCACGGGGCCAAUUUUUGGCAUAAUAGGAGCCUGGCUCAUUUAUCAAGUUCAAAACAAAGAUGUAGUUGACAAGGACACUUCAGAGAGUUUGUUCCAGAAAGCUAUGAUGACAACUGCUCUUAGCUUCAUAUUAAGCCACUUUGGCCCCAUUGAUGACUGGACGCAUUUGGGGUCAGUUAUGACCGGCAUAAUCUAUGGAUUCCUCACGUGCCCAACCCUGCAGCUUGAUGAUGCAUCUUUAAGGAGUGGCCAAGAUGAAGGCAUGGCGGCAGUCGUGGGAAGGCGUCCUGAUCUUUGUAAAUCGUUGAUGUUCUUCGCCAUCUGCACUCUGUUCCUGGGUUCUUUACUUUUCCUUGUCGAACCUCCUCUUGACACAAUAAUCACGGAGGAGGAAAUUUUCCGGAUGUGAACUAAAGUUUUUGGUGGUACCCUAUUGCUAUAUAAAGUACACAAUUAUAGGGUGCCAUUUGGAUUUUGGAGCAAUCAACCUUUUCAUUUCAGCUUCAGCAAUGAUAGAGAAAGAAGUAUGUUCACAUUUGGAAGCAGCAUUCCAUUUCCUAGUUAGUGUCCACAAGGAUCAAGAAGCGAGUUUUCUUCACCUUGUCCUUCACCCGCAGUGAACUUGCUGUUCAUCACCUGCAUUGAUAACCUCCGCUCAUGUUCCUAGUGUCUACCAGUUGGCGGAUCUCCUCACCAAGACGCUGCUGUUGCUCGCUUUCAUCUUCUGUCCUCCCAAGAUUGGUCUUGCUGACGCCUCUUCCAUUUUGCGGAGCGUAUCGAGGAUGAUUCUAAUCCUAGUUUACUAAGGAUUGUACUCUGUAUGUUUAGUGUCCUCCUUGUAGUUGUAUACCUUUUCAUUCUUGUACUCUGUAUCCUUGUGGGUAUAAAUACCCAGCUUUGGAUCCCAUGA